UUCGGGUGGGCACUUCUUCGUAUAGUCCUUAUUCCACGAACUCCCUCCCUCCUCCACCUCCUUUAUCCUGGUCUCCUCAGCUUUUAUCCGAGUGUCUGUGGCCCCCACAGCUUCACACGACUCGGAGCCUCGGAGCGUCACAUGCAAACAUGAGCAUCCUUCCGUGCAGCUUCCUCCUCGUCCUCGUCCUCUGCCUCCCCGUCCUCACCGAUGCCAAGCGGCAGCCUGGUCAGGGGAAACCCGACAAACCUCGCCAGCCUCCGUCAGCCCCCCCGCCGGCCAAGAGGCCCAGAAACCGCUCAGUGCCUGGCUCUGGUGAGCUGACCACCAAGGAGGGACACCGCUGCACCUGGCAGACGUCCGGCGACGGUCUGGUGAGCCUGGUGGUGAACUGCAGCACUGAGACACUGGACGAGCAGCAGAGGUAUUGGUGCCGUUACGCCGGUAAACCGGACCUGUGCCAGGCGUACGGGGUGAAGUCCAGCCAGUACUGGAAGCAGCUGGUGGGGAAGCUGAAGAAAAGGCAGAACGCCUGCGACGGAGAAAAAGUCCUGAAAGCCAAGACCUGCAAGAAGGCGCCCGCCGAGGCCCACAUGAAACUCGCCCAACACAGCGCAGAGGAGGAGAGGAAGGGCGGGAAGGAGGGAGGGAAGAAGAAGGGAGCGUCUGCCGGCAAGAGUCAAGAUGGAGCAAAGACAGAGAGGAAGAAGAAGAAUGAGGAGGAGGAGGAGAAGAAGAGGGAGGAGAGGACUGGGUUUGAGGAGGAGGGAAUGAUGAACGACAUGCAGCCGGUGCAGAGUUACUGCAGCGAGGGAUGGAACUCCGUCUGCUCCUUCUUUGUCAAGUUCUUUGAGGGUUGAUGGGAAAUGAAAUAAGCGAUGAGGUCACAAUCUGGAAAACAAGAAAGCUGAAAAUGUUUUUUUUAGAUCAAUUGGUAAAAAUUUGAUUCUGAAGUAAAACAAAAAAUCUAUUUUUUCUUUUUCAUAAAUUGUGACUUUUAACAAAUGAAGUCUCGUCGCAUCUCAUUUUCAUCUUCCUCCAAAUGUCAAACUGAAUUAUCAUCAAACCCAACGAGCUGGUUUAUAAUCCUGACAAACAGAAACACUUCAGGUUGAGUUCAUCACUGUUUUUACUUCCUGAUAUUUUACAUCGUUAAGUUUGUUGUAGUUAAUUUUGAACCAGAGAAGUUGAGUUGUAACGUUGUGACUAAUAAAUCAAUCAGAUGAUGAUGAUGAUGAUGACGACGGUAGUGUUCAGUAGAUGAAUAGUCAAGUUUUGUAACUUCAUCUGUUUUGUGCAGCUAAAUUUUCUAUAAACUUUGUGUAACUUUUUAAAAAAAUAAAAAUGAAAAAAA